UUACUGGCGGAAAUGGGCUUUGUUUCAGUGUGUCUGGCAGCCAGGGGGCGCUACGCUCAGCAGCUCUUCAGAGACCUGUUUAUGAACUACACCAGCGCCCUGCGUCCUGUCAACAACACCGAAAACGCCAUCAGCGUCACACUGCAGGUCACACUGUCCCAGAUCAUCGACAUGGACGAGAGGAACCAGAUCCUGACCCUGUACCUGUGGGUGCGGCAGGUGUGGAUGGACUCGUUUCUGACCUGGUCCAAAGAUGAUUAUGACGGACUCGACUCCAUCAGCAUCCCGAGCCGCUACGUGUGGAAGCCCGACAUAGUGCUGUACAACAGUGCUGACGAUGAGUUCUCGAGUUCCAUGGAGACGAACGUGGCUCUGCGUAGCGACGGUAAGGUGACGUGGGACCAGCCAAGCAUCACCAAGUCCUCCUGCUCCGUAGACGUGGCGUUCUUCCCCUUCGACCUGCAGCAGUGCGUCCUGACCUUCGGCUCCUGGACUCACAACGGGAACCAGAUGGACCUGAACAUCGAGCUGGACACGGCCGACCUCGCUGACCUCGUCCCCAACGUCGAGUGGCAGGUCCUGGGGAUGCCAGCCAAGAAGAACGUGAUCUUGUACGGCUGCUGUUCGGACCCGUACCCGGACAUCACGUUUACUCUGCAGCUCAAACGCCGCGCCUCCUUCUACAUCUUCAACCUGCUCCUGCCCUGCAUGAUGAUCUCGUUCCUGGCGCCGCUCGGGUUCUAUCUCCCGGCCGAGAGCGGCGAGAAGGUGUCCCUGGGCGUCACCGUGCUGCUGGCGCUCACUGUGUUUCAGCUGCUGGUGGCAGAGAGCAUGCCGCCCUCCGAAAGCGUCCCUCUGAUCGGUAAAUACUACAUAGCGACAAUGACGAUGGUGACAGCGUCGACGGCUCUGACCAUCUUCAUCAUGAACCUUCAUCACUGUGGACCCGAGGCUCGACCUGUCCCACACUGGGUACGAGUCCUGGUCCUGAAGUACCUGAACCGGGUCUGCCUGGUCUAUGAGCUGGGAGAGACCUGCAGCAGAGAGACCGAGGAGAGCCAGGCAGCAGAGGGCGCUCACGGCUGGGACGAUCUCAACGGUUACAAACAUGAUCAAGUUUCAGUGACCAUCAACAAAACAGAAAACUCAAAUCCGAUCUGUGCCCGGCAAGUCCAGAGCCUCACCCAGACCAAUUACACCAAUUUGAGACCUCAAGAAAUCAGGAACAACACGAUCUGCGACAGGAACAGCACAAAAACUGGAUUUAAAGACACAAAUGACACAGAGACCGAGAGGACGGAGAGAGGAGGGACACAAAAUGGAGGACAGGCUUUGGUCAAAAUGGCUGCCACAAAGAUUCAACGACAAGAGGAGGAGGCUAAAGAUGAGGGAAUUACGGAAAGAUCUGGGCGGGAAAAACAAGGAGAGGAACUUCAAGAUGACGGCGAUGUUUUUGAGAAAGUGAAAGUGUUCGAUAACGUGAGUCGCGAGUCAGGAGACGGGAAUGACACGGCGAAUGUGGAAACGGAGAGCGACGAAUCGGCCGCUAAAGCAAAAGUGUCUAGAAAAUCAUCUUCUGAGAGCGGCGCAGGAGGAGUUUGUGAUUCCAGGGAUGGAAUGCAAAUGGAAAACUUGAGAAAAAACAUGGAAUUCGUCGGAAAGAAUGACAAAUUCACAGACGUCACUGAAUUGUCCGGAAGCGCGGGCUGCGUUUGCUGUCACUGCUGCUGCCGCCGCGUCGGUCCGGGGAUUCGUGGCGACGGCUGCGGAUGCCGUCUCCGUGGCGACGCGGCGUGGGGGCGUCUCCGCGGCGACGUGACCUCCAUCGCCGCCUCGUUCCAGGAGCAGAGAGAUGCGCAGACGCUCAUUGGAGACUGGAGAAAAGUGGGCAAAGUUCUGGACAGAGCCCUAAUGUGGAUCUUCUUCAUCAUGGUCUUCAUCAUGAGUGUACUUAUACUUGGAAAGAGUAUUUGA